CACCACCCAGCCUCCAUGGCCGACCAGCUAAGCGAGGAACAGGUGGCUGAGUUCAAGGAGGCCUUCUGCCUGUUUGACAAGGACGGGGACGGCGUCAUCACCACCCAGGAGCUGGGCACCGUCAUGCGCUCCCUAGGCCAGAACCCCACGGAGGCCGAGCUGCGGGACAUGGUAAGCGAGAUCGACCGCGACGGCAACGGCACCGUGGACUUCCCCGAGUUCCUGGGCAUGAUGGCCAGGCAGCUGAAGGGCAGGGACAGUGAGGACCAGAUCCGCGAGGCCUUCCGCGUCUUCGAUAAGGACGGCAACGGCCUGGUGAGCGCCGCUGAGCUGCGGCACGUGAUGACCAGGCUGGGGGAGAAGCUGAGCGACGAGGAGGUGGACGAGAUGAUCCGGGCUGCGGACGUGGACGGGGACGGGCAGGUGAACUACGAGGAGUUCGUCCACAUGCUGGUCUCCAAGUGAGGAGCCCGGCCUGGCACUGUGGCCCCCACACCUGGCUGCAGGGCUUUGCUGCGUUAACCCGGGGCCGGCCGUGCUCCCCGCAUCCCUCCGGCCCCUCUGGGCUCCGCAGCUUCUCCGUUCCAGGUGAUUCCGCCCAUCUUUGUGCACCUCCCUUUGUUGCCUUUUUCCUGCCACCCCUCCCCCCCUUCCCAGCCGGGCCACGCC